AUGAUACAAAAUGGCGAGAAAGUUGGGCAAGGGAUGCUGAUGUACGUCAUCAGAUUUCUGCUUCCCUCUAGUGACCAUACACUGAAGAAGACCUUGCUUAUUUUUUGGGAAGUUGUUCCAAAGACUAAUGCUCAAGGAAAACUUCUCCAAGAAAUGAUUCUAGUUUGCGAUGCAUACAGAAAAGAUCUUCAACAUCCCAACGAAUUCGUUCGUGGCUCUACGCUGAGGUUCUUGUGUAAGCUGAAGGAGCCUGAAUUACUCGAGCCGUUGAUGCCUUCGAUAAUCGGUUGUCUAGAGCAUCGUCAUUCCUACGUGCGUAGAAAUGCUGUUUGUGCCAUCUUCACAAUCUACCGGAAUUUCGAGUUUUUAAUUCCUGAUGCUCCUGAGUUGGUGUCGAACUUCCUUGAGGGUGAACAAGAUGCUUCUUGCAAACGGAAUGCAUUCAUGAUGCUUUUGCAUGUCGAUCAAGCUCGUGCCCUUGACUAUCUGUCUGGUUGCAUUGACCAAGUGGCACAAUUUGGCGACAUCUUGCAGUUGAUAAUCGUGGAACUUAUAUACAAGGUGUGCCAUGCCAACCCUGCUGAAAGGUCGCGCUUUAUACGUUGUGUCUACAAUCUCCUUCAGUCUUCAUCGGCUGCUGUCAGAUAUGAAGCCGCUGGUACUCUUGUUACUCUUUCGGCCGCUCCCGCUGCUAUCAAAGCUGCUGCUACGGCAUACAUUGAUCUUAUUGUCAAGGAAAGCGACAACAAUGUUAAGCUGAUCGUUCUCGAUAGAUUGAUGGACCUACGUCAAACGCCGUCACAUGAAAAGGUUCUGCAAGAACUCGUCAUGGAUAUUCUGAGGGUAUUGUCGUCUCCUGGUCUUGACGUUCGGCAGAAAACGCUCAAUCUUGCCCUUGACCUUGUUUCGAGCAGAAAUGUCGAGGACAUGGUCAUGUUUCUGAAAAAGGAGAUAGGGAAGUCUACAUCUGCGUCCGCUGAGGAAGCUGGAAGAUACCGUCAAGCACUUGUCAAGACUCUUCACGCAGCUACGAUUAAGUUUCCCGAUGUCGCUCCAUCCAUUGUUCCUGUUCUCAUGGAAUUCCUCUCCGAUGAGAAUGAAAUGGCUGCGCAGUACGUUUUGCUGUUUGUGCGUGAAGCAGUACACAAACUUCCUCACCUCAAAGAGACAAUUCUCCAUUCUCUGCAGGAAGGUCUCCCUGCUAUUCGCAAGCCGAAGGUGUUCAUGGCGGCAUUGUGGAUCCUUGGAACUUACUGCGAAUCUGACGCUGCUGUAUUGACAGUAUUGCGUCUAAUCAAGUCUUCUCUUGGUGAGCUGCCGAUUGUGGAGUCCGAAAUGCGUCUUGUGGAAGGAGAGGAGCCAGCACAAGAGGAAGCUACAGAGAAAAAGAAUGCUCCAAAGAAGCUAGUGACGGCUGAUGGAACCUAUGCGACUCAAUCGGCCCUCUCUGUUUCGACCAAAACUGUAAAUAAGGAGAAGCCCCCUCUCAGACAAUUUUUACUCGACGGAGAUUUCUUCCUUGGCGCUUCCUUGGCCACAGUGCUCAACAAACUUGCGGAACAGUUCACGAAAAACAACGAAGCAAAUUCGCAGCGAUCGAAUCGCUUCCGUGGAGAAUGCAUGUUUAUCCUCGCAUCAAUCAUCAAUCUUGGAAAGAGCGGCAUUGCUAAGCAAAACAUUACUGAGGAUGAUCUCGAUAGGAUGGGAACAACGAUCAAGCUGCUUGCACAGGGGUGCUCUGAGUUAGAAGACGUUUUCGUUGAAAGAUGCAAGGAUAGUCUAGAACUCAUGUUGUCAAGUCGUCAGCAGGACAAAGCGGACGAGAUAUCGACGAAAAAGAAGAAGAAUAUUGUUGAGGUAGACAAAACCAUCAUGUUCACCCAGUUGAGCGCUCGAGCUGACGCAAGCAUCGGAGAGAAUCUCUUUGAUCUUUCUCUUUCUCAGGCUUUGGGAACAGCUCCCAAAACUCAGAGAUUUGAUUUCUCGAGCUCGAAGCUCGGCAAAGUGAUUCAACUGGCUGGCUUCUCUGAUCCUAUAUAUGCUGAAGCUUACGUCAAUGUUAACCAAUACGACAUCGUUCUUGACGUGCUCAUUGUAAAUCAAACUGCUGACACUUUGCAAAACGUCUCGCUGGAAUUGUCUACGGUUGGCGACCUCAAACUUGUUGAUAAACCCACACCAAUCACAUUGGCUCCAGCUGACUUCGCUAAUAUAAAGGCCACAGUGAAAGUUGCUUCGACGGAAAACGGCGUCAUUUUCUCAACAAUAUCUUAUGACGUCCGGGGUUCAACAUCUGAUAGGAAUUGCGUGUACCUUCAAGACAUCAAGAUUGACAUUAUGGAUUACAUAGUCCCAGGCAACGUUACUGAUGCUGAGUUUAGGCAGAUGUGGUUCGAUUUCGAGUGGGAAAAUAAGGUGACCGUCAAUACACCCAUUACCGAUUUGCGGGAAUUCCUGCACUAUUUGUCAACGGUCACGAAUAUGAAAGUGUUGACGGGUGAUGCCGCAAUAGAAGGAGAUUGUGGAUUCUUGGCUGCUAACCUCUGUGCUCAUUCCAUCUUUGGCGAGGACGCCUUAGCUAAUGUUUCAAUAGAGAAAGCCUCGCCACUCGAUGAAGGAUCUCCAAUCGUUGGGCACAUUCGAAUCCGAGCUAAGAGUCAAGGAAUGGCUCUCACUUUGGGAGACAAGAUCAACAUUGCACAACGAGAU